AUGUCUUCUUCAACGCCCGACCUGCCUGAAAAGGCCCCCGACGAAUCCUCGAAGCUGAAGACGUUUUUAUCAAUACUUCGAAAGUUCGUUGGCGUGAGCGAUAUUGCAUCCGUGAGGUUCUCCCUGCCCGCGCAGCUUUUGGAGCCAACUCCCAAUCUGGAAUAUUGGAAUUACUUGGACAGACCAGAGACCUUCGCAAGCAUCGGUACAUCAGAUGAACCAUUGGGGCGGAUGCUGGAGGUUCUGCGAUUCUGGUUCACGAAAGACUUGAAAUACAUCAAGGGCAAACCAUGCAAGCCUUAUAACUCAACCCUGGGUGAAUUUUUCAGGUGUAGUUGGGAAGUAGGCUCCACCCUUCCCGAAUUGCCCGUGCCGUCCCAAGGGGUAGUCAAUGGCGCCUCAACUGUGAAAGAUGACAACGGGAAACCAGCUAGGGUGUGCUUUUUGACUGAACAAACUUCACAUCAUCCGCCAGUGUCCGCCUUCUACAUCGACUGUCCAGAGACAGGUGUGUCCGCUCGUGGAUUCGAUCAAAUCAGUGCCAAGUUUACGGGCACAAGCAUCCGUGUUACUCCCGGUCAACACAAUCUUGGAAUUUUUAUCAAUAUAAGCAAAAGGGACAACGAGGAAUACCAGCUGACACACCCAGCUGCUCAUCUCGGUGGCCUUUUGAGAGGAGCGCUAUCCAUAAGUGUCGCGGACACAUGUUACAUCGUUUGUCCCAAAAAAGGAAUCAAAGUGAUCCUGCAAUACCUAGAAGAAGGGUGGAUAAGCCGAGCUCAAAACAAGGUUGAAGGGCUUAUUUUCCGAUACGACCCAGAUAAGGACACAAUUACCAGGACGAAAGAUGUCCCGGAAGGCGACGUCCUUGCCAAAAUUUCAGGAUCUUGGCAUGGACAAAUGUACUAUACUCUAGCGGGGACAAAUGAGCCUCGACUUUUGAUUGACAUCACACCCCUUUUUCCUAUCUCGAAGACUUUACCCCCGGAGGAAACACAGCUGUCCAACGAAUCUCGAAAGUUUUGGUCCGGUGUAACCGAGGCAAUCUUGAACAAGAGAUAUAGUCAAGCCACCAAGCUCAAGGUGGAGAUUGAGGAUCGACAACGGCAGAAGGCCGCUGAACGACAAGAGAAUAAUGAGGAAUGGAAGCCACGCUUCUUCACAGGCGCCGUCACGCCUUUGGGAAAACCAUCUCUAAGCGAGGAAGGCCUGAAGGCACUCGAGGGUAUUCGCGCCCAACAGUACCAGCUUGAAGAGAGCAAGAUAAAAGGCGCUUAA